AUGAAUGACAUCAAAGAAAAAGUACAGUUACCUAUAGCCACAGUUCCAGUUGCUGUAAGUCUUGUUGUAGUAGGCUUGAAUGGGAAGAGACAGUCAGAGAAAGAUGAUACAAUGUGUUCCAGGGUUUUACACAAGAUACAGGCAAAGUACAGAGCAUAUUCGCCCUCAGCUUUGCAUAAUGCAUACAAAAGUGUUGUAGAUAAUGGAGCACCUGUUCUCAGAGCAAGUAGGAUGUAUGGGGUGCCCCAGCAGACUCUUAGAGACAGGGUAUUGGGCAAAAUAGACCCAGAGUGUGUAACCACUGGGAGAGAACCAGUAUUGAGUAUGUUUGAAGAGGCAAAAAUAGUAAAGCAUAUCAAAACUAUGGCAGACUAUGGUUAUGGCUAUACCAUGCAAGAAUGUACAGACAUUGCCACUGAGUAUGCCGUUAGUCUUGGGAAAAAAACAAGAGACAAUCCUUUGACAUUAAGGCGAAUGGAUGGUUUUCGCAAGCGUUGGCCAGAAGUAAAAGUUUCUAAUCCUAGAGUGUUGAACAUUGUCAGAGCUAAAAUGACUAGUGAAACAACAGUGAAUGCAUACUUUAGUAACUUAACUGACACUCUCAUCAAAUAUGACUUACUUGAUAAGCCACACAGAAUAUUUAAUGUGGAUGAGAAAGGAUUUUCUCCUAAUCAUAAACCACCCUAUAUUGUCUCAUAUUCUAGUGGCCCACCUGCAGUUACUACAGGUAAAAGCAAAACCAUAACCAUACUAGGCUGUGGACAUGCUGGUGGCAUAUCUAUACCUCCUUAUUAUGUGUUCCCUGGGAAACGCAUGCUCCCUGAACUUCUUGCAGGAUCUUCUCCGGGUAUAGCUGGCACAGUUAGCGAAUCUGGAUGGUCUAACAGUGCAAUAUUUAGGAAAUAUCUUGAGGAGCAUUUCCUUAAGUACUUACCUGGUGGUAAUGGUGAACCUGUUCUGCUUCUUUUGGAUGGACACAAGUCCCAUGUUUCAGUAACCUUGGCAGCUUUCAGAAAGACUGAAAUAUUUCCCUUAGACAAAAGUGCAAUUGCAAGAGACAGUCUUAUUCCUGCAGUAGUGUUUCAGUGUGACAGUAAUGAGAAUGAUGAUACAGACAGCCAGGCUACAGUUGAAGCGGGUAUUUUAGUGGGAGAGGAGAUGGUUGGGGAUUUUCUGUUGGAAAGAGAGUUGAAUCUGAAAAAGUUAAAAGUGAAAAAUCAAAGCAGAAGCCAAGAAAUACUAUGA